CACGGCACAGCCCAAGUGGGGGGGGGGGGGGGGGGGGGCGCCAACCCAGACAGGAUGACCACAACAGUGAAUCAACCCACUCAGGUGACGCACCCCCUGCAGGGACGGCAUGAGAGAGCCCCAGAAGCCAGUGACUCAGCCCCUGUAAUAGGGUUAGAGGCAGAGAAUCCCAGUGGAAAGAGGGGAACCGGCCAGGCAGAGACAGCAAGGGCGGUUCGUUGCUCCAGAGCCUUUCCGUUCACCUUCCCACUCCUGGGCCAGACUACACUCAAUCAUAUGACCCACUGAAGAGAUGAGUCUUCAGUAAAGACUUAAAGGUUGAGACUGAGUUUGCUUCUCUGACAUGUGUAGGCAGACCGUUCCAUAAAAAUGGAGCCCUAUAGGAGAAAGCCCCAAUACAUAUGGUCAUCCCUACUGCAUCUGAUCUGGCGGACUCAAUACAAACAAAUGCUUGGUUUGUAAAUGAUGUCUGAGUGUUGGAGUGUGCCCCUGGCUAUCUGUAAAUGUAAAAACAAGAACAUUGUGUCAUCUGGUCUGCUUAAUAUACUUUACUUUUGAUAAUUAAGUAUAUUUGUGCAAUUACAUUUACUUUUUAUACUCACAUUUAAAACCAAAUAUUAUUUUACUUUUACUCAAGUAGUAUUUUACUGGGUGAUUUUCACUUUUACUUGAGUCAUUUUUAAAUUUUUUUGUUAUUUUUUACUUUUGCUCAGGUAUGACGAUUGGGUACUUAUUCCAACACUGCCUAGUUACUAUUUGGGUAUUGUCUUCUAGCUGGGUCUACGCAAGGGGUUACUUGUAGGUUACUUGUGGGUUACUUGUGGGUUACUUGUAGGCUUACCACUGGAAAGCUGUAGGCCUACUUGGCACGGGAACAUUAUCACUAUGUACUGUACAUUCCAUCUGGUCGAUGUCAAGAUAAAGAACAAAGAUGAAAAGGAAGUGUGACAGCCAACUUGAUGAAAAGAUCUCACAGCAAUGGAUGUUUACAGUUAAUAGUCCAACUGCAAAGUAUAGUUCCACGUGCAUUAUGCUGAUGUUAUAACUCUAUCUCCUGUUAUUUUAUUUUUAUUCAUUUCAUUUGGCUUCAAUUCAUCUGGCUACUGUCUUUGGUAUUGCUAGGGCCAGGUGUUUUCCCUUUCCCAGGAUUAGAUGGAUUCAUUGUGUUGUCUCAUCCCCCGGUAAUAUAAUUCCGUAGUUGGGGUUCUGGUUCUUGUGAUUUGAAUGGGCUCAGAACUACUCAACAGAACUUUGCCUAAGGGGUUGUUUUGUUUCCUGUUUUUCCAGACGGUGUUAGUUUGAUUCAUCCUAAUGUCUACCCAUGUUUGCCUUGCAAAUACACAGCUAAAGGCAAUGUCAUUGUAACCCCGGCAUCUGAACUGUCAGUGCAGCCAAUUGGUCCAAGCACUCAGGUCUGUUGAUAAAUGAAUACGUCGAGUGCCUAUGGUAGAUAUUGAACAAUUAGUGCAAAGUUUAUGCCACCUUCAUCAUUUCAGUCUUUAUGAUAUAUAUCUUAAUCAAGACUAAUGAUGUUUCCUCCUGUCCAAUUUCUGCCAGGACUGAGAUAACUUGCUGUAGUAUGGCAACAAAUGAUGGAACAUGCCUAUACGAUUCUUUCUUAUACUGUAUAUGCAGCGUACAUGACCAAUGACAUUUCUGCAGAAGCGCUGUAGUGACUGCAAAUUGUAACAGUUGUGGUGGACUUUGUUACAGUGUAACUCGCAGCUGGAGUUGAAACAGAAAACAUUUUGCUAACGUGUAACUAUACUCAACAAAAAUGUAAACGCAACAUGUAGCAAUAUCAAAGAUUUUAGGGAGUUUUACAGUUCAUGUAAGGAAAUCAGUCCAUUGAAAUAAAUUCAUUAGGCUCUAAUCUAUGGAUUUCAAAUGACUGGGAAUACAGAUAUGCAUCUGUUGGUCACAGAUAUCUUUAAUAAAAACAGUAGUGGCGUGGAUCAGAAAACCAGUCAGUAUCUGGUGUGACCACCAUUUGCCUCAUGCAGCACGACACAUCUCCUUUGCAUAGAGUUGAUCAGACUGUUAAUUGUGGCCUGUGUAAUAUUGUCCCAUUCCUUUUCAAUGGAUGUGCGAAGUUGAUGGAUAUGGGCGGGAACUGGAACACGCUGUCGUACACGUCGAUCCAGAGCAUCCCAAACGUGCUCAAUGGGUGACAUGUCUGGUGAGUACGCAGGUCAUGGAAGAACUGGGACAUUUUUAGCUUCCAUGAAUUGUGUACAGAUCCUUACGACAUGGGGCUGUGUAUUAUCAGGCUAAAACAUGAGGUGUUGUCGGUGGAUGCAUGGCAUGACAAUGGGCCUCAGGAUCUCGUGACGGUAUCUCUGUGCACUCAAUUUGCCCUCGAUAAAAUGCACUUGUGUUCAUUGUACAUAGCUUAUGCCUGCCCAUACCAUAACACUACCAGCCACCAUGGGGCACUCUGUUCACAAAGUGGACAUCGGCAAGCCGCUUGCCCACACAACGCCAUACACGUAGUCCGCGGUUGUGAGGCCGGUUGGACGUACUGCCAAAUUCUCUAAAACAACGUUGGAGGCAUCUUAUGGUAGAGAAAUUAACAUUCAAUUAUCUGGUAACAGCUCUAGUGGACAUUCCUGCAGUCAGCGUGCCAAUUGCACACUCCCUCAAAACUUGAGACAUCUGUGGCAUUGCAUUGUGUGCCAAAACUGCACAUUUUAGUGGCCUUUUAUUGUCCCCAGCAAGAGGUGCACCUGUGUAAUGAUCAUGCUGUUUCAUCGGCUUCUUGAUAUGCCACACCUGUCAAGUGGAUGGAUUAUUUUGGCCAAGGAGAAAUGCUGAUUUACAGGGAUGUCAACACAUUUGUGCACAAUAUUUGAGAGAAAAUAAGCUUUUUUUGCAUAUGGACAUUUUCUGGAAUAUUUUAUUUCAGUUCAUGCAACAUGGGUCCAACACUUUACAUGUUUCGUAUAUAUUUUUGUUCCGUGUAUGUUUGACGAGGGAAUACCAGGAAGGAAAUUUGACCUGCGUGCACUGACAGCACUAACACCCCCUGCUGCGCUGCGAAGGAAGGUUCUACUGUAGCCAGUACCAUAGCUUCGUAUUGUAUGCGUUCUCGGAUAAUUUCUCCACUUUGAAUUCAUUCCUCGUGAGCGCACAGCGCAGUGUCGCAUUACAACUGCUGUAGUUAUUUAAUGUGACAUGAAUACAAAACGGACCUGAUAAAAGGCUUGUUGAACGAGCUGAUAAACGUCAUUCCCGCACAUUUUUCGGUCAAUAAGAUGCUUGACACACAGUAACCAAAGUUAGCUCAACUGGCCUGUUUGUUCGGACUGCAACCUAUCAUCGAAAAUUACUUGGUUGACAGUGUGACAGCAACGGAUCCUCCGCCGACUGUCAACCAAGAAGCUGUACGACCCGGACCCACCAGAGGAGCGUGAAAACAAAAACAGAAAUAUCAGAGGCUGUUGUCUCAAAGAGGUAACUUGCAGUGAUGUCCAAGGCAAUGAAGUCAGCCUCUAAGUCUCGGUCCCAGUCCCGCUCCAGAAGCAGCUCACGAUCCAGAUCUCGGAAGCAUCGCUACAGCUCUAGGUCCCGCACUCGCUCGCGCUCCAGAUCUCAUUCUCCAUCCCACAAUAACCGAGAGCGGAACUACCCGAGGGAGUACCAGAAUAAUAACCGCGAGUUCCGGGGCUACCACCGAGGCUUCCGGAGGCCUUACUACUUCAGAGGCCGAGGGCGUGGCUACUUCCCACGGGGACGCUUCCAGAGGGGUGGUGGAGGCGGCUAUAACAACUACCGCCCCAAUAACUGGCAGAACUACAGGCAGCACCCCCAACAGCAGCAACAGCAACAACAGCAGCAGCAACAACCCCACAGCCCGAGACGGGGACGAUCCCGUACCCCUAAAAAGCGCUCUGGUAGCCCUCAUUCCCACAGCCACUCCAAGUACUCGGACCGCUCUUCCUCGCCCCGAUCCCGGCGCUCCAACCACUCCUCUUCCUCACAUUCCUCCUCUCCCACACGCAGGUCGGGAUCUGGGUCGGCUACGCAGAACUCUAAGGAUGUCAAGGAGGAGCGUUCUGCCUCCAAGGAGGUCCAGAAGAAAGGAGUAGGAGGAGGAGGACAUGGUGAGCCUGUGGAGAUCACAGGGGGGUCUGCAGGGCCUGAUGGGGGCGCCAGUGGGGACAGGCCCAAGGCUAACUGGCAGGGCGUGACGGAUCACAGCAACAGCACCAGCCCCAAGGGGUCAAGUCCUCAGGUGCGCUCAGCUGUUAUCAUUGGUCAGGGCGCUCCAGCUUCGACCCUGUCUAGUCCCUCUCCUAAAAACACUAAUGCUAAUGGCCCCAAUUCCAAUGGUGCCCCCUCAUGGCAGAUUCAGACAGUGGGCAGUUCACCUUCCACCAAAAGCCCUUCUCAGAAAAGCCCCACACCUGUGUUCUCUGGCUUUGGCUUCUUCUCUAAAGACGACAACCUGGCAGGAGAUAAAGCAGCUAUCUCUUCAGUGUUCAAAAGGUUCUUGGAAGAGCACAAUCAUAAGAAAACGCAGUCCAGUUGGGAGAAUGGCAGAGAGAUGAAAACCAAUGGUGAGGAUGUGGAGCGGGAGAAAGGGAAUGGCAUGAAGGCCUCUGGGGGCAUCUUUGACAGAGAGCCCGACAAAGGGGAGAACGAGAAGUACAAGGAAGACUUUGACGAUGAGGGGAAUGUGUCGUUGAACCGCUUGUUGAAAGCCUCCCCUUUCUUUUCCUGCGGUGGCGAGGAAGAGGAGUUGAUACCCAAGCCCCAUCCCAAGGUGCUCCGCAAAGAGCAUGACCGGGAGGACGAUGAGUCGCCCAAGCCAAAGAGCAAAGUCACCCUCUCGGCCCGCGAGCUAUUUGAGGAGCGCUUCGGCAAGUGGGAGGACCUGGCCUACUUGCAGGUGGCUGCCAAAGAUGAUGAUCUUGAUGCCAUGGCGGAGGAGAUUUACCGCAGCCGGAAGCAGGAGAAGGCUGCGGCCAUAGCUGCGGCCCUGGCCAAGAGAGAGGCCAUAGCGGGCAUGAUCAGAGGCUUCUCCCCGGAGAACGUCAGCAAAGACAGGAGGAAGGAGAAAGCUGCCUCCAGCCCGUCCCCCACACCCGCACCACGGAGGAACUCUGACCGAGAGAUGUUCAUGGUCAGGGGGGAGGACUCUCCCCCAAGGGCCUCUGAGAAAAGAGGAGCGGAGUUCAGUGUCAGAAUGGAUUCUCUCAGAGAUGACGUGGCAAGCUCCUCUGGUGUUAUGGUUGGUGAGCGACGGUUAUCACGGGAUCUUGUGCAUCCUACUAAAAAGGAGCAGGAGUUUCGCUCUUUCUUCCAGCACAUUCAGGCCACACAGUUACAAAGGAGUCCCUCAGAGCUGUUUGCACAGCACAUUGUCACCAUUGUCCACUACAUAAAAGCACAGCACUUUCCAUCCAACGGAAUUACUCUAAAUGAGCGAUUUGCCAUGUACCAAAGAAGAGCUGCACAAAAGGAAAUGAUGAAGCCAAGAAAGAGCCCAGAGAUACACAGGAUAAUUGAUGUUUCUCUCGGUGCUUUUAAGAAACACUCUCACCUGUUUGAGGGGAUGAAAAGCUCCGGGGAUGGCAGUUACAAGGACGAAGGUAAAAAAAUGAAGGGUGACUCAAUGGACCUUCGUCUGGAUAUUGAGCGCCGUAAAAAAUAUUCUACCCGGGAGAGAGAUUAUAAACAGGACGGGGGGAGAGAUUCAGGAGACUCCCCAGAGGCUAGCAUGGAGAGGUCCGCUGAGAAAUCCUCCAAGCACCACAAGAAGUCCAACUCUUCCUCCAGGAAAAACAAGAAGAAGCAAUCUCGCUCUCGCUCCUCCUCUUCAUCUGCCGAAUCUCACAGGGGAGGAGACUAUCCCCACAAGGAGCCUGAGCUCAAAGACGAGGGCUUUAACAAGGCCAGGCUGGGGCCUCGGGGGGACUAUGGCAGCCCCAUGGAGAGGGGACGAGGACGCGGAGGCUUUCAAUUUAGAAUAAGAGGAAGGUGCUGGAACAGGGGAAAUUACCAGGAAAACAAUGCCAACGGUAAUCCCCCUAACAUGGGCAUACCAGUUCACCCCAAGAAUGAGGACUGGGACCCGGAGUACACCCCCAAGAGCCGAAAAUACUACUUGCAUGAUGACAGGGAGGGCGAGAGGAAGUGGGUGGACAACCGAGGACGGGGGAACUUCCUGCGUGGCAGCAGGGGCCGUUUCAUUAUCCGGAAGGCCAGCGUUGGCCCACCCAACAACCACACCAACAACAACAGCAGCCCCAAGUUGACACAUGACAAGUUCCAGGUCAACAGGGGGGAGGAGGAGGGCGAGCCCCAGGAGGAGGAAACGGAGAAGGACCACAAAGACCAGGAGAAGUCUGAAGACAUGGAAAACACUGAGCAGUGAGGGAGCUCAGGGAGAGUGAAACAUUGUACCAACGCAGUGGCAAUGUUCUAUUGUCUCAAGUCAUCUGGGUCGUGUUCAGAUGGAUGAAAACAGACUGAAACAGGGGAGGAAAGGACUACCUGGACUUGUCCAGUAACGAACACUGUCCAAUAAGAAACUACCUGGACUUAUCCAAUAAGAAAAGACCCUGCUCUCAGCCUUUAUCCAUCAAAUGGCCGGACUUUGGGGAGAGUUGCCCGUGCACAAAUACACACAUUAGGAAUCAAUCAGGACUCUCUUUGACACAAUAUCUUUACGCAACAUUAUGUUAUACUUUUGUCAGGGUAUAGCUAACUUGUGUUUUAUCUGCUUAUAGUAGAAACACUGUUAGACAGUGAACUGCUGUGUUGGAAUAGGAAAUAUACAUAACCAACCUCUGCGCUUGAUAGGUUAGCACUAUGAACACUGCAUUGUGGGGUGUUAUGCCUCUUAGUACAGGGCUGAUGCAACAUUGCAUAACACUUUUUUUAUAUCUUGUUGCGAGAAUGUCACACCUUUUUGCAGAGCAUGACAAGAGGAUAUUUUUGUGCCAUAGAUUUGUUCAAAUAUGUCAGACAGAUAUAUUUAUCUAAUUAAAUUACUUUUGAGGCCAAACCGAUUAAUACUAGAAGAUAAACAGUUUAUUUAUUUAUUAUAUAGUAGUGAUAAAUCAUACACUAUUAUACAGUAGAUAUAUUUUUAGACUAGUUUAGCCAUCAACCUCAGAAAAUGCAGUAUGCUGUUUUAGGUUUCAACAAUGUAACCUAUGGAUUAAAAUACGUAACCUGCAUGUUCAACUACGUGACAUACGUAGUUGUUUUCAAAUUCAACUACGUAACAUUCAACUUUGUAGCCUGGUAGAAUCUAAAAACAUGCUAAAGUACAGCAAGAGGCAAUCGAAUCCCCUUUUUACAUGACAACUGGGCCAGUUCCUAAUGGUCUAUAUGGUUUAGAUCGUAUGGUUUAUAGUGGUCUUGCUAGUCCAGCAUCUUGCAAAUGACCCCUCUGACAAUGGGACCAAAUCGGGUCAAAGGUUCUAUUCUACAGACCUGCAUUGUGGAGUGAAACAAGAGGCUCAGCAGUGGUGGAAAAAGUACCCAAUCGUCAUACUUGAGUAAAAGUAAAGAUACCUUAAUAGAAAAUGACUCAAGUAAAAGUUGAGUCUCCCAGUAAAAUUCUACUUGAGUGCGUGAAUUGGGCCAUUUUCCUGUCCUGCUAAGCAUUCAAAUGUAAAGAGUACUUUUGGGUGUCAGGGAAAAUGUGUGGAGUAAAAAGUACAUUGUUUUCUUUAGGAAUGUAGUGAAGUCAAAAUUAUAAAUAGUAAAGUACAGAUACCCCAAAAAACAAAUACAAAUACUUUAAAGUACUACCUAAAUACUUUACACCACUGGCAAACAGAGACUGUUAAAUAACAUGAAUUGGCAUACCCUGUCUGCAAAGUCACAAUAGGCUACCUGGAUGUUUGUUAUCAUGUCUAGUUUGUUCAGAAUCCUGUAUUGGAUUGUUAUAUCUUGUACAUUUCAGAACUGUUAACUUGGUCUUGGGUUGGGUGUGUACUACUUAUUAAUGUCUCACCAUUGGAAGUCUGUGCCUCAGAAAUACCUGUGCAAAGUCAUUCAACUUUUGAUUAGACGACACAAUUUGUAAUCAUUUGUAGUAAUUAAAGCUUCCUUUGUAUAUUAAGAAAAAUUGGUGAUUGGUUAGAUCAUGGCACACUCAAUGCUUUGAUGUGAUAGGUUUUCUUCAUUGAAUGGGGACUUUCCCCCUUGUGUAACGUCUAUGUUAAGUUUGGAUUGCAGAGUAGACUGUGUGGGGUGCACUCUUUAAUGUGCAUGAUACAUUUUGUGGUUGACACAUUCAUGUUCAAUUCUAUGUGGUUGGGGGCAAUAACUUUUUUAAAUGGUUCCUGUAGCUAAUGUUUUUCAGAUGUAAAUUAAAAAGAACUUUGGUUAAUUUAA